UACACAACUCCAUAAUUAUUUUCAAAAGAUGUUGCGUCUCAAUUACACUGUUAAUAGUAUCUCUGUACAAUACAAGACAAACUUCCACAGUGGGAGGGGCCAUUUCGGUCUUGCUGCAGUUCACCGACUCCCAGCCCGGCUGAUGCAACUGUGAAUUUAACAACAGUUCGUUGAAAAACUCCGGGUGAAUUUAACAACAGUUUGGUGAAUCCGCUUUACAUCGUUUCAUGCAGCGGUGAACUUAACAACGCACCCUAUCAUAAUAUGAAACUUUGACACUAUAUCUCACUUUACUAACGCUACCCGCGUAGUGUCUUCUGGGAAUAGUUGUUUAUCCGGUAUACGCGGAAAGGUGUUUCCAAUCAGCAGAAAUGCAGAAGAAAACUACAACUCCCGUCACGCAUGUGAACAACAUGCUGGCUUCAUAUUUAACUUCCUCCAGUUUAUUUUUUAUUUUUUUGCUGCUAUGAUGGAUUUUUUCUGGUCAAUUUUUAAAAUCUCUUUAGGAAAACUGAAUGCGAAAACAAUUUCCAUUAUUCAACACCACUCAUCGUCAAUUGAGGUUUUUCAUGUGACGUUUUCACAGCACGGCGCGGCCAUACUGGAGGUCAAAAAGCAUUGGCGGGCAGACCAUUAACGAAGAGCGGUCGUUACACUUUCGCUUUUCCAAUGCCAGAUGUGUGUUGUGCUGUUGGGUGCACCAACAGAAGAGGAAAGCAAUUCCGAGUAUCCUUCUACAGGAUUCCUGCUGAGCCAGACAGGAGGGCAAAGUGGAUUUCAGCCAUUAACAGAGUAGCAAAAACGGAUUCACGGAACCCAAAAUCGAAGACCGACUGGACUCCAACUCAGUACACACGUUUGUGUAGUGAGCACUUUAUAAAAGGGAAGAAGUCUGAUAACCCCCUGUCCCCUGACUAUGUGCCAUCUAUCUUCAACCAUACACCUUCUACUAGGAAGAAUAAGAGGGCCAGAGACAUGGAGAGGUUUGAGGGUAGGCAGGACAAGAAGAGGAAGAGGCCAGAGGAGGAGAGUGAAGCAGCGGCAGGGCUCCUGGAUCUGUCAGCUACACAGCAGGAGUUACAAGACCCUGUACCUCCUGUGCAAGAAGUAAAGGCGAGGGUGUGUGAAAGUGAACAUUGUAGAGACUAUAUCCGAUCUUUAGAAAGCGAGUGUCAGGCCUUGAGAGAAGAAAAUGAUCAUUUUAAAACCUUUUUGUAGUGAAAUCAAUUAACGUUGUGUUUCUUCUUGACUUCAGUUACUUGAGCUUUUCUACGUAAAUACACUUAAUUAUAAAUGUAUUAUUUGCAUCGCAGUGCAAGAUGUUUAUUUUCAUUCCUUAAAGAGUAAGUAGCUGGAUUCUGAAAAAAUAUAGCGUUAUACUUUGCUACAAUGGUUUAAAUAAUGGACCUGUAAUAUCAUGACAACUUUUUACACUUAUAAGUUUAAAGUCUGUUUCAAGGCUCUUUUCAAAAGGCCGCUCUAGUGCA